AAUGUCAUCAGAGAGAGAGAGAGAGAGAGGACGACCAAAGCAAGCCGCCAUUAAUGCCCCUCUCUCUCUCUCUCUCUCUCUCUCUCUCUCUGUAUUUUAAAAUAUUUUGUGUCUUUUGAUUUCCACUUGCUUGCAAAGAAAUGAAGGGCGAAGUCAACACACCUUUUGCCCUUCGCGAAGGUCUAACCAAACCAUGCAGGCAGAUAUGAGAGGAAAUAAACCCUCAGUUCGAAGUCUUUGCAUUCACAUUCGAGCCAUCUCUUCCUCUUCCCAACCGGGUAUGAGCUUUCACGGAUUGGGCAUGUUCGCUUCAAUUCAAAUUCGCUGCACUUAGUCUCAUGACUUUUGUCUCGUCCCGUCUCGGGCUCCUUUAUCAGUUCUGCUGAUCUAUCUAUAGCUGCCGCUGCCGCUGCCGCCGCCGCCGCAGCUGAAGCAGGACAGGAGCAGAGAGCUUCUAAUAUCUUCCUAUGGGGGCUUGCUGGAGUUUCCGAAACAAGGCUGAGCGUCACUUUAAUUUGGGGGUGAAGUCAAAGUAUGGUAGCAAAAACAGAAAGGAAUCGAGUGUCUCAAGUAGCAAGGUCUCAUCUGCCUCAGUGCCUCCAAUUCCUCGGACCGAGGGUGAGAUCUUGCAGUCAUCAAAUUUGAAGAGCUUUUCCUUUAAUGAACUUAAAACAGCCACUAGGAACUUCCGUCCAGAUAGUGUUCUCGGGACCGGUGGUUUCGGUUGUGUCUUUAAGGGGUGGAUUGAUGAGCAUUCAUUUAUGGCUGCCAAACCCGGAACUGGCAUGGUUAUUGCUGUGAAGAGACUUAAUCAAGAAGGCCUUCAGGGUCACAAGGAAUGGUUGGCAGAAAUUAAUUAUCUGGGGCAGCUGCAUCAUCCUAAUCUUGUGAAGCUGGUUGGUUACUGCUUAGAGGAUGAUCACCGGCUUUUGGUAUACCUGUUCAUGCCGCGGGGUAGCUUGGAGAAUCAUCUGUUUAGGAGGAAUUCUUACUUUCAACCACUGUCUUGGAACCUCCGUAUGAAGGUUGCCCUUGGUGCUGCAAAGGGUCUUGCAUUUCUCCAUAGUGACAAAGCAAAAGUGAUAUAUCGAGACUUCAAAACUUCUAAUGUUUUGCUAGAUUCGAACUAUGAUGCAAAGCUCUCUGAUUUUGGGUUGGCUAAGGAUGGUCCAACGGGCGAUAAAAGCCAUGUCUCCACAAGGGUCAUGGGCACCUUUGGAUAUGCAGCUCCUGAGUAUAUGGCCACAGGUCAUUUAACUGCCAAAAGCGACGUAUACAGCUUCGGGGUUGUUCUCCUUGAAAUGUUGACUGGUCGAAGAGCAGUGGACAAGAACCGCCCAGCUGGUGAGCAGAACCUAGUUGAAUGGGCUAAGCCUCUCCUCACCAGCAAACGCAAAAUUCUCACUGUUAUCGACAGCCGUAUUGAGGGCCAAUACUCAUUGAGUGGAGCUCUCAGGACAGCUGCCCUUGCAAUACAAUGCCUAUCUAAAGAACCCAAAUUCCGGCCAAACAUGGAUGAGGUUGUCACAGCAUUGGAGAAGCUUCAGGACACGGGCAACCUUAAAAAUGAAGAGGUCCAAAGUUAUCCCAGCAAUUCGAGCCAUAGCCCCAAAUAUCCCAAGAGAUCUGCUGAUGCAGGCUACAUUGGAGGGCCUGUCUCUUCUGAUCCAACACCGUCUGCUUCCCCUCUUCAUAUGUGAAACGAUUUGAAGAAACAAAUCCAUUGUUCUCUAGUUCUUGAAUUAUAUAAUUCUGUGAAGAACAUUGCCUUGAGUACUUACUUGCACAUGCACAGCACCAGAACUUCGUCAAUUACUGUACAAAUCUGAUUUCAAUAAAGUAUUUGAACACCCCCCCCCCCUCCUUAAAAAAAGAUGUUCUUCAAAGCAUGGUCGCCCCAGGAGUCUAGGAAAUGCUAGGAGGUUCCAUCCCAAUUUCAGCAAUAUGUUUGUAUGUCUAGCGUCAGCGGUUUACAGGACCAGUGAUGUUUAAAAGAUAGAUGCCAAAGAUUGAGAUUGAGGGUUUUUUUUUUGUCCUCUGCGUUGCUGAUGCUGGCCACUUCAUAUGUUGUAAUAAGUGUUAGAAUAAUGAAUGUGAACAUGAACCCUUUUCUUUUU